GAUGAAGCCGUUAAUAAAACCGCGGGCGGGGAAAACAAACGUUAACGAGAGGCGUGUUGUAAUUUGAGGGAAGGUGGAAGGGCAAAUGAGGAAACAAGAAAAGUGGUGCAUAAGACAAAUCAAAGAAGUAGUAGUAGUAGUAGAAGAAGAAAAAAAAAAAACAGCCUCAAAGAAGGAGAAGAUGAAAGAAGUGAGGAAUAGCAGAUGUUGUUGUUGAUACAAUACAACUCAUCUGUCACAAUCCAUUCUGGCGCCCUCAAAACACCCUCUAACUGAACAACCAAAGAAAAAGAAAAAGAAAAAAACUUGAGCACUCUUCCUCUUGCCAGUUUCAGAUCUCUCUGAGAAAUGAUAAUAACAAUAAUGGGGGUGUGAGAUGUGAUGUGAUGUGAAGGUGUGUAAGGUGUACACAAAAGAUGGAGUGUUGGAAUUCGGUGGACGGGGUGGUGGAGGAGAUAAUGAGGAUUCACAGAUCUCUUCCAGCACGGCCUGGGAUUGAUGAAGUUGAAGCGGCGAGAGGUUUGAUCGGGAAUGUGGAGAAGGAAGACCAGGCCAGGCUCGAAGCCAUAGCCCGGCAGAGCAAGGGCGUUGAUGUGCCAGAAGAGCUCUUCAUGGUGCUCCAAGAGAUGCAGAGGAACGUCCUUUAUUACCAGAGCAAGGAGCAGAAAAGGGAGGCCGUCAAGCUCCUCGAUCUCGACAACGUCCAUUCUCUGUUCGAUGAAUUGAUUCAGAGAGCUUCCAAGUGCGUCGCCUCUCCCUCUGCCAAAACAAGUUACUCUAACGGCUCUGCUUCCUCGGUUUCCACAAGCUUGUCCAAGAAUUCGGUUUCUAAUUCGGUUUCUGUGGGUGGUUUUGAUAAGCCGCCACUUGCCCCAACUGCUGCUGCUGCUACUACUACUACUUCUAGAAAGUUCAACGUAGAGAAAGAACGUUCUGAAUUGGUCACUCGAGAUGACAGUUAUGUGAAGAAAGCCAAAUCAUCGUUUUACUCCAAUGGGUAUGGAUUUGAGCCCACUAUCCCAUCAAAAGCUAGUAUCUUGGAUUCAUCGUUAAAACCUACAUCAACUGCAGGCCAAGAUGGGGAUAAGUUGAGUUUGAUCAAGCUUGCUAGCUUAAUUGAAGUGUCUGCGAAGAAAGGGACUCGUGAUCUCAAACUGCAGAACAAGUUAAUGGAUCAGGUUGAUUGGCUACCUGAUUCGAUAGGGAAGUUGUCCAGCUUGGUGACUCUUGAUUUGUCUGAGAAUCGGAUUAUGGCCCUACCUGCUACGAUUGGUGGGCUUUCGUCGUUGACCAGAUUGGACUUGCAUUCCAAUAGAAUCACGGAGCUUCCUGAUUCUGUUGGGAAUCUUCUUAGUCUGCUUUAUCUUGAUCUGAGGGGAAAUCAGUUAACACUAUUGCCUGCUUCUUUUAGCAGGUUGGUGCGUCUAGAGGAGCUCGAUUUGAGUUCAAAUCAGCUUUCAGCGCUUCCUGACUCUAUAGGGUCGCUUGUUAGACUAAAAAUAUUGAAUGUGGAAACAAAUGAUAUAGAGGAACUUCCACAUUCUGUUGGUAGUUGUUCUUCCCUUAGGGAGCUUCGCGUUGACUAUAACCGGCUUAAGGCCCUGCCUGAAGCCGUUGGAAAGAUUCAGAGCCUGGAGAUUUUGUCUGUGCGGUACAAUAACAUCAAACAACUACCUACAACAAUGUCAUCUCUAACAAACCUCAAGGAACUUAAUGUGAGUUUCAAUGAGCUCGAGUCGGUGCCAGAGAGCUUGUGUUUUGCCACCUCUCUUGUCAAGAUGAACAUAGGAAACAAUUUUGCUGACAUGAGAUCCUUACCGAGAUCCAUUGGGAACCUUGAAUUGCUUGAGGAAUUGGAUAUCAGCAAUAAUCAGAUACGUGUGCUUCCUGAAUCGUUUAGGAUGCUCACUCGACUACGUGUCCUGCGAGCAGAAGAGAAUCCUCUUGAAGUUCCACCAAGAGAAAUAGCUGAGAAGGGAGCACAGGCUGUUGUCCAGUACAUGGAUGAGCUUGUUGAGAAGAGGGAAAAGAAAGAUGUUAAAGCACAGCCACUAAAGCAGAAAAAGAGUUGGGCUCAGAUCUGCUUCUUUUCAAAGUCUAACAAAAGAAAGCGUGACGGGGUUGAUUAUGUGAAAACCUGAUUUCAUUCAAUGACACCAUUGUUGGCAAGCAACAGAUUCUAUGUGGAUAUGCAUUUAAAAAUAGAGACAAAUAUAUCUCUUAGUGUGCGGUCAAUAAUAUGCAGAGAUAUGGAUCGUGCAAGAAUGAAUUGACAGCCUCUGUAGGCUGUUAUAAUUUGCUUUGACUUGGCGGCACAAAUUGUAGAUUUCUUGUUCAGUAUUUUCUGAUUUUUUUCCCUGUAUAAUUUGAAUUUUCGAUUUAUUUCAUUUGUAUUUCUAUUGCUGCUUUGAAAGUAGAAAGAAGUGUACACAACCCAACAGGCAAACAGAGACGACGGAUAGUGGGGGAGAAAGAGAAACCGAAGAUGAUUAUGUACUAUGGUUAUUAUAUAUGUACAAUUGUAACUUCACUCUAUUGUUAAACGAAUUACAGUUUACCCUUUGUACCACUUCCAGAGAACGUCCUCUUUCA